CUUCAGUCUCUAUCAUCCCUGUAUAAUAUUCAAGCCUUCCCCUUAUUUGUUUAUUCUGUUCGCUCGUCAGUCGCAAAACAUGGAUAAACUAGUGGCCCAGUACACGCGCCCGCCCCAUCAGAAUGAGUUCUACUCCGAGCAAGAACAGCGUGCCUUGACAGAGACCCUCCCGCCGCUUACCCUGAAGUUCGAUCUUCCACCUUUGGAUAAUUCACCAGCCUUCCUCCGUGCUAUGACUGAUGACCACUCGAACCCAGAUUGUCCCAUAAAGCUAGCUCACGGAACGACGACACUCGCUUUUCGCUUCCAGGGUGGAAUCAUUGUCGCGACAGAUUCGAGGGCGUCGGCUGGAGAUUGGAUUGCCAGCCAGACUGUGAAGAAGGUCAUUCCCGUAUCGCGGCUGAGUCGCGGUGAGGACAAGCCUACAGAUGCUCCGACACCGGGUCUUUUGGCGACCUUGGCCGGAGGUGCGGCGGAUUGCCAAUACUGGUUGCGGUAUUUAAGCCAGCAAUGCACACUUCACGAGAUCCGACACAAGCGCCGUAUUACUGUCGCGGCUGCGUCGAAGAUUCUUGCCAAUUUGACAUACGCUUAUAAGGGCAUGGGCUUGAGCAUGGGAACCAUGCUAGCAGGAAUGACCCCCCAAGAAGGACCAGCCCUCUACUACAUUGACUCGGAUGGUACCAGACUCCCCGGGAACCUAUUCUGUGUCGGAUCCGGUCAGACAUUCGCAUACGGCGUGCUUGAUGCCGAAUACCGAUACGAUUUGUCUUUGGAGGAUGCUCUUCAGCUAGGAAGGCGGAGUAUUCUGGCCGCCACGCACAGAGACGCGUUCUCCGGUGGUCACAUUAACCUGUACCACGUCAAGGAGGAAGGAUGGGUCCACCACGGUUUCCAAGACAUGAAUCCGAUUUUCUGGCAGACAAAGUUGGAGAAGGGCGAAUUCUCCAAUGUUACGUCGGAGUUAUAGGUUAUUUGUGGCUUGUCUCUAGCCAUCACGGGUUUAUUUGGCUCUUUUCCAAGCCUCUAAUCUGGACUAUGCGGACGGAAUCGGGUAUAGAAUGAAAUAUCGAGUCGAUCUCCACCGUAUUUCAUGAAA